CAGACUGAAAGACGAUAUAAAAUCGACUAACAGAAGACAUGAGGGCUUCUUUCAACAUGACAAAUUGGAUGCUACAUUGUGGAUUUUAAAUUGUAAUAAUUUUCGUGCUUUUUUAAGUGGAUUUUAGGACUGCAAUUUUACACCACAACGAAAAGAAGAAAAUAAUUGUUCUGUAAUUAAAAAAAAAAAAGCAUUUUUAACCUGCCACUAUGGAGUCUAAUAAAAAGCAGUUGACGCUUCAGCUAUUGAUGGCUGUUGGGACUGCUGUGAUCGGCUCCUUGCAGUUUGGCUACAACACAGGAGUCAUCAAUGCCCCUCAGAAGACCAUCGAGGCUUUCUACAAUGAGACGUGGUAUAAGAGGAACUCGGAGUACAUACCGACAACCACUCUAACUACACUCUGGUCUGUAUCAGUGGCCAUUUUCUCUGUCGGUGGCAUUUUCGGCUCCUUCUCAGUUGGGCUCUUUGUAAACCGCUUUGGCAGGAGGAACUCAAUGCUCAUUGUAAAUGUUCUGGCCUUCAUAGCUGCUGCUUUAAUGGGCUUUUCCAAGCUGGCUGAAUCCUGGGAGAUGCUUAUUAUUGGACGCUUCAUUGUAGGCCUUUACUCUGGCUUGUCCACAGGCUUUGUACCAAUGUAUGUAGGAGAAAUCGCCCCAACUUCAUUACGUGGUGCACUGGGCACACUUCAUCAGCUUGGCAUUGUCACUGGCAUCCUCAUAGCACAGGUCUUUGGUAUGAAAGAAAUAAUGGGGACCCCUACAAUGUGGCCCUUCCUACUUGGCUUUACUUUCAUCCCAGCCAUACUCCAGUGUGCCCUGCUGCCCUUCUGCCCCGAGAGCCCACGCUACCUCCUCAUCAACCAGAAGGAGGAGGCCAAAGCCAAGAGUGUGCUGAAGAAGCUCCGUGGCACUGAAGAUGUGGCUGAAGACAUGCAGGAGAUGAGGGAGGAGAGCAGGCAGAUGAUGAGGGAGAAGAAGGUCACUAUCCCCGAGCUCUUCCGCUCAUCGCUUUACCGCCAGCCCAUCUUCAUUGCCAUCAUGCUGCAGCUCUCCCAGCAGUUCUCCGGUAUCAAUGCUGUUUUUUAUUACUCCACUCGUAUAUUUGAGAAAGCAGGAGUUUCUGAGCCGGUCUAUGCCACCAUUGGUGCUGGAGUUGUGAACACAGCAUUCACAGUUGUGUCGCUGUUCAUAGUGGAGCGAGCUGGUCGGAGAUCACUACAUCUUGUUGGGCUGAUGGGAAUGGCUGUGUCUUCUGUUCUCAUGACCAUAGCUAUGGCGCUACUAGAUCAAGUGAAGUGGAUGUCAUAUGUCAGCAUUGUCGCCAUCUUCAGCUUUGUGGCAUUUUUCGAGAUCGGACCAGGCCCAAUCCCAUGGUUCAUUGUGGCAGAACUCUUCAGUCAAGGUCCCCGGCCUUCUGCCUUCGCUGUUGCUGGUUUCUCCAACUGGUUUGCCAACUUCUUGGUGGGAAUGUGCUUCCAGUAUGUUGAGGAACUGACAGGGCCAUACGUUUUCAUCAUCUUCACUGUCCUCCUGCUGAUAUUCUUCGUCUUCACCUACUUCAAAGUUCCUGAGACCAAAGGGCGAUCAUUUGAAGAGAUCUCUGCAAGCUUCCGCACAGGGUCGGAGAAAUAUACCCGAGAUGAUCUGAACACAUUGGGAGCAGAUUCCCAGCUUUGAGCUCUGUGCCACGUUUAUACAGUAAUGCUGUGUAGACUAACCAAGUGAGUGUCCUCGGCUAUAGCACAGUGGGUAUGUUCACAAUGGCAAACUACCAUAUUACUCCUACUAGGAAUGCUGUAGGCUAUGCACUAGUGUUGUCACGAUACUGAAAUUUCUAACUUUGAUAUGAUAUUCAGUACCAUUUUCGAUACCACAGGAAAAAACUGGCACAACGUUAAGGGCAUAACAUUUUUGAUUUCUAUUAAAGUGCCCCUAUUAUGGAUUUUUGAAAAUUAUCUUUCAUGCAGUGUGUAACACAGCUCUAAGUGAAUGAAAACAUCCUGCAAAGUUUUAAAUCUGAAAGUGCACGGUGUAUAAAGUUAUUGUCUCUCAGAAAAAAAGAGUUGACUGAAUCAUUUUUAAAACUAAUCCCAAGCCGUUUCAUGCUGACGUCAACAUUAAACAUUAGUAUAUUGCCUGCCCACUUGUUGGUCUUUUCGCGUUGGUCUGAUUGAAAAUGCAAAUUCAUUCUUUGCCACUAGGUGAGCUUUUGGAGCGGUAAAAAUAGCGGUUUCCCCGGUAACACUGUACACAAAGCAGCACUGCGCUCACAAACGCUGCUUUAUCAGGCAUUACAGGCAUGAUGAAAUGAAAAUGAAAUCAACCAAUCAGACCAAUCACCACAGAUCAGCGUCACGCAAAGGAGGGCUUUGGAAAAAUUAAUCGUGGAGCGAAUCGUUUGGGAGUCGUUGAGCAAGUAAGGUAAAAAUAAAUGCAUAUUAUAAGACAACGAAAGUGUUUUUUGACCUUGCAUGCAUGUCAACCUGAGUCCCAAAACAAAAAUAUGAACCUUUCAUAACCCAUAAUAGGGGCACUUUAAAAGAUAAAAAUGACAACGUUAUUGAGGAAUAUUUUUUACAAUAAUGAAAACGUCUUGAGGUGGUAAAACUUACACUACACUGGAGAAAAGCUUAUGGAUUUGCAUGAUUACUUCAAAUGUUUUUUAAAGAGAAGGAUUAUUUUUGCUAUUUUAUUACCCAGAAUAGGGUGUUGGGACUAUUAUGGAAUAUAAUAAGCACUAUAAACACAUGUAAUGCAACAUGGCAUUUAAUAAAAUAUAGAAUACUGUAAAAUAAUAUAUUUUCUGCUUCGUUCUGUGAUAAGAAGCCAAAUCAGAUCACAAAAAGUGUUGAUAUUGAUGUUAUGAAGCAAGUUUAGAGCUGGUAUCGGUGUAUCAAUACUACAGAGACAGAGUUUUGAAACCGUGUAUGAUCAAAACUGUUUCAUAUAUUUCAAUAUUGAUAUGUAUCAAAAAAAAUGUAUAUUUUUGACAACACUAGUAUACAGAUUUUCUGAUUGCAUUGAAUACUCAUAUGACUUACUCAUUUGCCAAACUGUGCAAUAUUUGACCAGUUCACUGCUUCUAAAUAAUUACUCAUUAUUUCACUUGACUUACAAAAGUGUGAAUAUUUGUUUACAAAAUUGUAUUAAAUAUUGCAAAAUUGCUAUAUUUAUUUCUGAGAUGGUAACCAGACUCUUCUCUCUAAUGUAAAAUAUGCGACACUGUGACACAGUGUACCAUAUUUUUGCAUACUGCAGACAAUUUUUACAUUACAUAUUACGGUAACACUUUAUUUUAAGGUGUCCGUAAUACAGAGUAAUUACAUGGUUAAGUACUUAGUAGUAGCCGUUGUACUUAAACAUGAAACAAAA